AUGUUCGCCUACAUCAUCCGCCGCCUUCUGCUGAUCAUCCCGACGCUUUUCGCGGUCAUGGUGAUCAAUUUCGCGAUCAUCCAGAUCGCGCCUGGUGGGCCGGUCGAGCAGGCGAUCGCGGAGCUCACCGGCAGCGCCGUGGGCGCCACGGCCCGUAUAUCCGGCGCCGGUGCCGGCGAGGUGGGCACCGAGGGCCAGUUCGACGUCUCCCAGCAGGCCGGCACGAGCAAGUACCGCGGCGCCCGCGGCCUCGACCCCGAACUGAUCGAGCGGCUGGAGAAGGAAUACGGCUUCGACAAGCCGCCGCUCGAACGAUUCCUCCACAUGAUGGGCCAGUACGUGCGCUUCGAUUUCGGCUCCAGCUUCUUCCGCGACGAUCGCGUGGUCGACCUCGUCCUCGACAAGCUGCCGGUCUCGAUCUCGCUCGGGCUCUGGACGACGCUGCUCGCCUAUCUGAUCUCGAUCCCGCUCGGCAUCGCCAAGGCGGUGCGCGACGGCCAGCGCUUCGACGUCUGGACCAGCGGCGUCAUCAUCGUCGGCUACGCGAUCCCCAAUUUCAUCUUCGCAAUCCUCUUGAUCGUGCUCUUCGCCGGCGGCAGCUAUAUCGACUGGUUCCCGCUACGCGGGCUGGUCUCGAACGACUUCUCCGAGCUCUCUCUGCUCGGCCAGAUCGAGGACUAUUUCUGGCACCUGGCGCUGCCGAUCCUGGCGAUGGCGGUGAGCGGCUUCGCCACCACCACGAUGCUGACCAAGAACUCCUUCCUGGAUCAGAUCAGCCAGCACUACGUCAUCACCGCGCGCGCCAAGGGCUUGACCGAGCGCCGCGUGCUCUAUGGCCACGUCUUCCGCAACGCGAUGCUGAUCAUCAUCGCCGGGCUUUGCCCGGCGCCUUCAUCGGCAUUCUGUUCACCGGCGUGCUGCUGA